AUGGCAACAACGUCAACAGCAUCGACCACCAUUAGCAGCACUGAACAAUCGUUUAAUAGCGCCAGUGGUGGAAGUGAUAUUUUAAAAGAAAAUCAAUCGGAAAACAAUGUAACUGAAAUUGACGCAUUGCCGCAAUCUUCGGACUUGUUAGACUCAAAAAGGGAGCAACAUCAUGCCAUGCGUUUAGAAGAUGGCAAUCGAACGAAUAUGCAAAUAUAUGCGGCUAAUAAAAACGCGGCUGAAGGACUUAUGGACAUCGCCUUACUAUCGGCGAAUGCGAAUCAAUUAAGAUUUUUGCUAACUUAUAAUCACCAAGCAUCAACAUUUUAUAUAAGUCUUACGCUGGUGGCGAUAUCGUUAAUUUUGCAAGUCCUAGUUGGUAUAGCGUUAAUAUUUAAGCGUCGCUUUCGACGUUGUCACAAUAAACGUUUUAACGAAUUUCUAAUUGGCGGUGUAUUCAUUAUUUCGGUGGUGAAUAUUCUGUUGGCUGCAUUUACAACUACCACUACAUCAACGGCUGACGCGAAAUAAUUGAAUGCAAAUUUUUUAUCAAGCUUCAUUUUUGUAUGUAUAUUUAUGCGAUUUUUAUAUAC